UUGUGAAGAAAUUCAUUUCUCAGGAAUUUUCUUUACCCGCUCUUAGUCAUGAAAGGAGAGGCUUCAUGGAUCAGCCCUUGCUUUGAUGACUUGUCAAAAGACAGUGGUGACUUUGAGUCAUUCACGGAACUGAAGGAUGAAGGUAAUAAAGAAACCGCUGUGGUUUCUGCGGACUUAAUCCUACCUGAUGACUUGCUCGAACGAAUCUUGGCUUAUCACCCUAUUGCUAGCAUAUUCAGAGCUGGUUCUGUGUGUAGAAGAUGGCAUGAAAUUGUCAGUUCUAAAAGGUUCCUAUGGAACUUGUCAAGUGUCCUAUCACAAAAGCCUUGGUAUUUCAUAUUCACGAGUUCUGAUGAACCCGUUGGUUAUGCCUAUGACCGGAUCCUCCGAAAGUGGUAUGGCAUCGAACUGCCCUGCAUUCAGACUCCCAACUGGUUCAUUGCCUCGUCAUGUGGGUUGGUUUGUUUCAUGGACAAUGAUAGUAGAAGUGAGUUUCAUAUCUGUAACCCUAUCACCAUACUUUGCAAGAAGCUUGAGGAGCCCCCGGGUGUGAAAUUCUCUGAUUACAGUGCACUGUCAAUCUCAGUGGACCGGACAUUACACAAUUACACUGUAUCCAUUGUGAAGUCUAAACAAGUUCCUGGAAAUUUUUUCCACUGGGACCUUUCGAUUCAUAUUUAUGAUUCGGAAACAAUGAUGUGGGCAACCUCCUUGACUGAGGUUCUGACAGGAUGGAGGGGUGGAGAUGAAAGUGUAAUCUGUGAUGGGGUGUUAUAUUUUCUGAUUUACUCAACUGGGGGUGGCACACCUGGGAAUCGUCAUGGUCUAGUUACAUACAAUCUCACCAGCCGAUCUUCCUCUUUGAUACAGAGUUUUAUUCUAGUACCGGGCCCUCUUACCUGUGGUCGACUGAUGAACCUAAAGGAAAAGCUAGUGAUGGUGGGAGGGAUCGGGAAGCAAGACCGGCCCAAUAUAAUCAAGGGCAUAGGUAUCUGGGUUUUGGAUGGUAGGAAUUGGGUUGAGGUUGUUCGUAUGCCCAAUAAGUUCUUCCAAGGAUUCGGUGAGUUGGACGAUGUUUUCGCUAGUAGCGGUACUGAUAAUCUCAUAUACAUCCAAAGUUAUGGUGCUCCGGCUCUUCUUGUUUUCGACAUGAACCGGAAACUCUGGAAAUGGUCAACCAAGUGUCCUGUAUCGAAGAAAUUCCCGCUCCAGCUGUUCACCGGUUUUUGCUUCGAACCGAGGCUCGAAAUUGAUCCUUAGUUUAUCUCCGGGAAUGGUAAAGCUGCUUAUAUCUUUAUGCAUAUACUGCACAUACACACACAAGUUCCAAAUUUUUCUUAACCGCAUAG